AUGGAUACUUUAUUCAAAGAGUUAAAUAAAUUGUGUCAAUCGUCGUCACUUGUAUACAACGAUUAUUUAAAUAAUAGACACGACACGGUUUUUGUUGACGACAAAACAAAACCAAUAGCAACAAGAAUAAAAACAGCCGAAACAUUUUACGAGCGAUUCGAAGAAAAUGUCGCAAGAAAUUAUGUAUUGUUUAAGUCACUCGAGAUUGUGUAUAACAACCUUAAAACAAUGAAAAAGAAGGUAAAAACUGAAAUGAAAAUCCUUAAAAAUCAAAAUGAUUUAAAUUGUUUUGAUAAAAUCGUUGAAGAACUAUCUGAAAUUUACGACGAAGACUUUCAAGCUAAAAAGAAUGUGCUGGAAGAACAAAUUAAAGAAUUUGAAAAUCGCAAAAACACAAAGAUAUCAGAAAUGAAAAAAUCCAAAUAUUACAAAGGAUGUGAUGAUACAGAAUUAAACAUAGGAAAAAAAACAAACAUGAUAUUUAAAGAAGUAAUUUUUGACAGUGUGCAAGACGACUGGAAACAAAAUACUUCCGUUUUUAAUAAUAAAAUAGAAGGAAAAAGUAACUUAGUUUUUUUGAUUGAGGAUAACGACGGUAACAAAUUUGGGGGUGUUUUGUUCGAGAAGGUAAAAAACAUUGAAUGGGUUGAUGAUUCGAAAUCGUUUAUUUUUAUUUCAAAAAUUAAUGGUAAAAAUACAUUUGAAAAGUAUCCAAUUAACGAUAAACAGACUUUUUAUCUUAAUCGAAAAAAAGAUUUUUCAUUGUUUUCGUUUAAAAUGACGAGCGACUUUGGAAUUAACAAAAAUGGAGAUGGAACAUUCAGAUUAUCUUCUUUUGGAGGUAAAAACAAGUUAUUUAUUGAUGAUAAAUUUAAAGUCAGUAGAAUAAAAGUCAUUCAAUUGGAAUAA